UCUUUUUUUGUUCUCUUUUUUUGUUCUCUUUUUUUUUCUCUCCCCUCCCCGGCUAACCUUACAACAGAGCCUGGAUGGCUGAUGCCAAGUUCGGCCGCUACUGGACCAUCCACAUCGCCAUCGUCGUCUCGACUCUCGCCCACGUCGUCCUCACCAUCGCCGCCACCCCCCAGGUCCUCCGGAACCCCAACGGAUCCUUCGGCGCCUUCAUCGUCGGUCUCGUCAUGCUCUGCACCGGCACCGGCUUCUUCAAGGCCAACAUCUCCCCGCUCCUGGCCGAGCAGAACCGCGACACCCGGCUGCGCGUGGUCGUGCGCGAGGACGGCCGGCGGGAGAUCGUCGACCCGGCCAUCACCAACUCGCGGCUGUUCCUGUGGUUCUACUUCGCCAUCAACAUCGGCUCCGUCGCCGGCCAGAUCUCCAUGGUCUUCACCGAGCGGUACCACUCCUUCUACCUCGCCUUCCUGCUGCCCACCAUCCUCUUCCUGCUGGCGCCCGUCGUGCUGGCCGUCAACAAGAAGCACUACCACCUGACCCCGCCCACGGGCUCCGUCCUGGAGAAGUUCUUCCAGAUGUUCUUCUACACCCGGAAGCGCUCCCCCGGCCUUCUCCGCAUGGACUGGGAGAGCUCCAAGCCAUCCAACGUGCCCGUCGCGGACCGCCCCAAGUGGAUGACCUACGACGACGCCUGGGUCGACGAGAUCAAGCGCGGCCUGCUCGCCUGCAAGGUCUUCCUCUUCCUGCCCGUCUUCUUCCUGGCCUACAGCCAGAUGACCAGCAACCUGACCUCGCAGGCCGCCACCAUGCAGCUGAACGGCGCCCCCAACGACCUGAUCCAGAACCUGAACCCCAUCAGCAUCAUCAUCAUCGUCCCCAUCAUGGACCGCGUCGUCUACCCGGGCCUCCGCAAAAUGGGCAUCGCCUUCACCCCGAUCAAGCGCAUGACCGUCGGCUUCUUCUUUGCCAGUGCGAGUAUGGUCGCCGCCUGCGUCAUGCAGUACUACAUCUACCAGAUGUCGCCUUGCGGGUGGUACGCCAACACCUGCGCCGAGGAGGGUCGCAAGGCGCCCAUCAACGUCUGGGCCCAGAGCAUACCUUAUGUGUUGGUUGGUAUCGCCGAGGUAUGGAUAAUGAAACCCCCCCCCCUUCUUCAGUCGUUGGGCAAUCGUCGGGUUUUUUUUUCUCUCCCCCGUCUUGCUGACCUUGUUUGUUUCUUUGGCAACUAGAUCUUCACCAACGUCAGCUCCUACGAAUACGCCUUCGCCAAGGCCCCCGAAAACAUGAAGUCCCUCGUCAUGUCCGUCAACCUGUUCAUGACGGCCUUCUCGUCGGCCAUCGGCCAGGCCUGGACCCCGCUGUCCGAGGACCCCCUGCUCGUGUGGAACUACACGUCCAUCGCCGUCAUUGCCUUCAUCGCCGGCGUCGCGUUCUGGCUCUGCUUCCGCCACCUCGAUCACAAGGAGGAUAGGCUCAACAUGCUCAAGAAGACCGAGUUUAUUGGUUCGAACCAGCCUACCGCGGCCGCUAAGCAGGCUUUGGAGGAGAAGGCGUGAAGAAGGGAAUGCGAGUAAUGGUAUGUAUUGAGUGAAACGGUGAAAAGUGUGUCUGCGUAUAUUCCGGUGAUAUAUAUCGUUUU